UUUUCUUGUUUUCUAUCUAUAUAUAAAUCGAGAGCGAGAGAGAGAGAGAGAGAGUGUAGAUAUGGCCGGAGAGAAAGAGAUGGCCGGAGUGGAUUUCAGUACGUUGCCGGAAGGGUGCAUCUCGCAUGUGUUGUCCCUAACCUCACCACUGGAUGCAUGUAGGGCGGCGAUGGUUUCCCCUGUAUUCCGCUCCGCCGAGGCCUCAGACACCGUCUGGGAACGCUUCCUCCCUUCCGAUAUUGCCGGAAUCUUAGCACGCGCCGUUGAUAGGGUCCAAUAUUCGUCAAAACGGGACUUGUUCUUCCGGCUCUGUGGUGAUCCAAUCCUCAUAGAUGACCGUAAGAUGAGCUUCUUCUUGGAUAGAAUGACGGGGCGGAAGUGCUAUUUGUUGUCGGCGAGGCUUCUGACGAUCGUAUGGGGCGACACUCCGAGUUAUUGGAGAUGGAUUGAUGAUCCUAAUUCCAGAUUCUCAGAGGUGGCAGAGCUUUUAGAUGUAUGUUGGCUGGAGAUCCGUGGGCAACUGGACACAAAGGAGCUAUCACCGCACACCAAAUACGUUGCCUACCUGGUCUUCAAUCUCACAGAAGCCACUAGAGGCCUGGAACAUCCAUCUCAAGAGACAUCAGUGAAGGUAGGAGCACAAGUCUCCUCUCACACCACUUGUUUGCAGACCAUUGAAGAUGCAUUAGCAAUCCGGCCACGCAGACUCCGACCACGACGGUGGAUCGGUCUGGGCUUUGGCCCGCGCUUGCGCCGGACAUUCAUCGAACCACCAGUGCUGGAGCCCCCGGAGCAAGCCACGCCUGCAACUGUGUCUACUACGAAUAUAGUACUACCUCGUAAAAGAGAAGAUGAUUGGAUGGAGAUUGAGCUGGGGCAGUUUGACACUGAUUGUGGUGAUGUUGGAGAGGUGGAUAUGAGCUUCAUGGAGGUCAAAGGUGGGUUUUGGAAGAGUGGUCUCAUUGUCCAAGGCAUUGAGAUCCGUCCAACAAACUAAAAGUCUCGUUCUGCUUUCAUAUCAAUCUAAACAUAUAUAUAUAUAUGUAUGGGUUCAUCUGUAUAAAUGUCUCUAGUUGAUGAUCUUCAGUUGUUAGGUUUAAGUUUGAACUCAACGUAAUAUUCGUUUAUGGUAAAUAUGGCUGUAUUCGAAUCCAAUGUAUGGCAAUUUUCUUUUUUUUGUAAUUGUUUGUGGUUUAAUGAGUCAUGAUCGUCAGAUGUGUUUCUUUA